GUCUGUGGGCCCGGCAGGUGAGACGGAGCCUGAAAGAUGUUUUGUUUCGGGCGAGGUUUAUAAAAUGAUCAAAGCCUCCUCGAUUCUGCUCAUCUGUCCACAAAUCCUUCUCCAGACGAUGCUGCACAAGUCAGACGGAGCGAUGUUGUCGAGGCUGCUGGGACUCCUCGUUCUCUCCUCCCUUUGCUUAGCCAUGCUUGUACCCAAUGAAGACUCCAACGAAGAGGAUGGCUCUGCUGCGGACCCCAACACCUACCACUUGCAAGCCUCAGGCGAGGGGGUGUUGUCUGAGUCGUCUAAGACAUCUGAGUCAUCUGAGUCAUCUGAGUCAUCUAAGUCAUCUAAGAAUACAAACAACUGGUCACCUGCCUCCCGCAGCGGCCUCCUGCCUAUGCCCCCCACAGGACUGCCAUGGCCACCUGGUGGCAACAUGACUGAUGGCUCUAACAACAUGCGGAUGCUCGGGGCCACCGACCCGGAAAUGCCCCCCAUGCCCGAUACUACAAUCUGUGACAUGCUGUUGAACGCACCAGUACCACCACCUAUCGACCAGAUUCCUUUUUUCUGCCUCUGUUCGCACUGUAAGGGCACCGUAGGGCCCAAAGGAGACCGUGGAGACCGGGGCCUUCCAGGUGCACCUGGGAGUCCGGGGAUAAGAGGAAUGACAGGCUUCAAAGGUCGUCAAGGAUUCACUGGCCCUCAGGGGAUGAAGGGUCAAAAGGGAGACCUGGGGGAGAAAGGGCAGCCUGGAACUGCCGGUUUAACCGGGAUGAAGGGCGAGCUAGGCUUCAAAGGGGAAAAGGGGGACAGAGGACUGGUAGGCCCUGAAGGUCCACAGGGCCCCCAGGGAGAAACUGGCACUUGCCCUGCCUCCUGUGAGAGUGUACAGGGUCCACCGGGUCUACAAGGCACCCCAGGACCAGCCGGAGCCCGGGGCCUGCCUGGUGUCGAGGGACCUAUGGGACCCAAAGGUCUUAAGGGUGACAAGGGUGACCUGGGUAGAACAGGUGACCCGGGACUGAAUGGCCAGAAGGGUGAUCAAGGUGAGCAGGGGGUGUGUGAGUGCACAGAUGGGGCAGACGGCAAUGAUGGGAGACCAGGGGAAAAUGGUGCUAAGGGGGACAAAGGUGACACUGGUCCUAUGGGCAUACAGGGCCCCAUGGGGCUGAAAGGCAAUAUGGGUAACAUGGGUCUCACAGGUCAGCCUGGGCCCUGCACCUCAGCAAUCCAAUCGGCAUUCUCUGCAUGUAUCAACCAGUCAUUUCCGAUGGAAAACUUGCCUGUUCCUUUCCAACACAUCUUUACCAACAAACAGGGGCACUUCAACCCAUCCAGUGGCAUUUACACAGCCCCUGUCAAUGGCACAUACGUGUUCUCCUUCCACCUGGCGGUUGCCGAUAAGACUCUUAAGGUCGGCCUGUUCCACAACUUCUACCCUGUAGUCAAAUCAACAGAAACAACUGACCACUCCACCACCAGCCAGACUGUAGUCCUCCACCUCAAAAUGGGAGAUAGGGUGUGGCUGCAGGUGAAGGACGGCACCACCAACGGCAUGUACACCGACAGGGAGAGCAGCAGCACGUUCGCUGGGUAUCUUCUGCACCCUGACUCCUGCGAACUGCCUGUGGGCCGCACUUUCACGCCGUGGGGCCCAGAUGAUGAUGAAGAUUCAGUUUAUAGCUGGAAUGGUCCUAUUCGCACCACCACCCCUUCACCAUAGUAGGCUCCAGUCAGUCAGUCAGUCAGUUGCACAAUUAGAGACAAAGCAUCCACACACACUCAAUCAAACACUCAGUGUAUUUAUAAUUGCAAGUUUUAAAGGAGGGGUAUUCUACAAAAGCAGAAUUGUUAAUUUCUGAGAAGUUACUGUAGCACUUUGAAAGUUACAUAGCUUGUAGUCUCACAAUACCAGAUGAUUGGAGAUCUCACCACCUAUCAAUCGUCUGAGGAUUUAUAAAUGCAAAAUAGUUUCUUGGACGAUGGCAGAAAUGUACACCCUUUGUACCCUUUGUAACAAAACAUUAAAAAUGGAGGUCCUGACCAACGUUAUAUGGUACAAGCACACGACUUUCACAUGUCACCACCAUAAAGACUUUGGAUUGGUUCUGCAGUGAGGGUUUUUUUUAAAAAAAACUCCUCACUGUUGGUACCUAAUAAAAUUGUGUUUUCCAAACCAGCCAAUCAGAACUGCCCCUAAACAUGAUGUCUUACAGGAAGCAAGUGAUAAUAUUCAAAAUUCUGUCUAAAUCUAGGUUAUUCAAAAGCAACAGAACUAAUAGUAAGAGUGCUGAUCAACUUUUUUAAUGGCGUUGCUAGUGGGCAAUGACUUGAGAUUGUCAUCUGUGGUUUUCGGAGAAAUAACUUGACAACUGUUGGAUGGAUUCUCCUCAAGAUGAAUUGUAAUGACUUUCAUAGUCCUCUGACUUUUCAUUUGAAUUUUUGAAUUUUUUUUUUCUUUCUUUAAAAAUGUUAUAUUUGAAUUUUAAUUGUUUUGUGUUUUCUAUAUCAGAGUUCUGGAGACCACAACAAAAACAACAAAAACAUGGAGAAACUAUAAGAAAAUACCCCCCCUUUAAAUGUGGAGAUAAAUUCACUCUUAUGAUUCAACUCACUAAAUAUGAAAAUGCACGUAGGCUCACAUGUGCCAGCUUUACAAAUGCAUCUGAUCAUGCACUUGAUACACUUAAUAAAUGGCUAGAUCACCAAGCUGGCUGCAGAGUUCUGUAGAGGUUCUAAUGUCAAAUUUUAUAAAAGCACUUUGCAUCCUCAGAGUACAUUUAUUUUUAAUCCUUGAGAUCAGUUUGCUGCAGUUUAGUUUUAGAGCCUUUAUCAUUUUGCCUUUUCAAAUGUUAAUGAUGCAUAAACUUUGAUGUGUUAGAAAAAUAUGAAUUAUAUUAAAAUUGCAACCAAAGUGGCUGCUUCGAUCACGAGUCCUCCGACAUUUUAUUUAAGUCAUUUUAUUUCAGACAAAAGCGACAGUGUCUGAAGUAGAGUUUGACAGACUUCAGAGAACCUACAUCCUUCUCACUGGGUGUUUACAGUAACAGAUAAGAAACAUCUCAUACAUUGUUUCCUCCGUGGCAAUAUAUAAAUAUUCAGUUUCACAUCCUGGUAUAGUAAAUCUUUAAGUUUGCUCUGCUACAACAGCUAUACAGUCCAAAGAGAGAGUCCAAAAUAAAAAUACAGCCCUUUAAAAUAUUUACAAUGCAGUUUUAUCCCCAAAUUCAAUUUUAAACAUCAAGGUCUAGAUAAGUAAUUCUUACUUAAAGUAAUCCAUAAAAGUUAUUUUUCUCUGUACCUGCUUUCAAUCAGCAGAGAUUGUAAUAGGAAUUUUAGAAUAUUUUUUGAUAGAAAAUGUAAAUAUGUGAAUUGGCUCCGUGUGUUACAGUAAAAUCUGAAGGAAUUCUUUGAGACAAGUUUGAUCAGUUGAAGAGCUUUAAAUGGUGAAGGAGCAGUUGAGCAGGUAAGGAAGAACGCUUUGAAGGAAACAAAAUAGUGGAGAAACCAAGAGGGCUCAGGAUGAGGAAUUGACCCAGGUCCAGGUAGGGUCCUGUUUAGAAAGCCAUGGGUGUGAUGUGUUAAUGUGUUGUAAACAAGGUUAGGAAAUUGAAAAAGUCUCCCCAAAACGAAUUAAAAGUUAAAAACAGCCAUCCAGUUUAAAUUUAAGGACAGAAAUCCUGUUUUGUGAAAUGAACAUGAAUAAAAUAAAUUAACUUGUUUCUAAUAAAAAUGCACUAUUUAGAUACCAGUGCCAACAAUAAACAUGACUGCACAGAGUCACUGCACAGAUUAUUCUAUUAAUGUUUUUUUUAAAUUUUGUCAUGAACUAACAUAAAUUGUUAAGAUGUUUAUGGUGGGUUUGUUUUGCAUCGUAAGACAAACUUAAGCCUUAAAUCAAUAGAAAUGGCUGAAUUGUGUGACAGCCAAUCCGUUAUAAAACAGGUGAAUGAUGCAGACGGUGAUCAGACUCUGGCAUAAGGCGGAUUAAACUGAGGUGUUCAAGUAGUUGUGUGUCACAUCUGUUUGUGCCUCAGUUUUCUGUGUCUGUGCAUUGUAAUUUUCUGUCUGAAAUUAAAAAUCCUCUCCUGAGGUUUGUGUUCAA